AUGGGCGCCGUAGUAUCCUGCAUCAAAUCCAUCCUCCGCACAAUCGGCAACUGCCUCAUGGCCAUUGUGCACGCCAUCGGCGCUGCCUGCAUGGCCGUUAUCAACGCCAUCGUCGCCCUCUUCGACAUCAUCAUCUCGUGCCUGACGUGUGGCCGUGGCGGCAGCCGGCGUCGCGGCAUGAAGACGAGGGCCCAUCAUACGACGAGGAGGAUGAGGCGGGAGCUGCGCGUCUGA